GGUAAAAGAUUGUUAAGAUUGAAGCCCACCAACUCCUCCUCCUCAGCCUCAAUAGUUUUAUCAUUUACUCCCUCCCCACCGAACAAACCUAGAGCUAAAUGGGAAUAUCCUUGUGUUUCCGAAUUAAGCUGUUUUACUGGACCUGAUCAUCCAGUCACAUCUAUUCUUGGUUCAAUCAUCAUAUCAUCUGUUGUUGCAGGAUUGAUUUUCCUUUUGUGGAUUUGGACCUGCUACUGUAGAUAUUUAACCAAUAAGAAAUUGGUUUAUCAGAGAGAAGAGAUAAAGAAAACUGGAAUAGCUCAUAUUGUGUUGGCAGCAGAUCAAGAUUGUAAACUAAACUAUUUAGGUGAUCAACUCUUUUCAUUGAUAAGAGGUCUCGUGUAAUGUUUAGGAAUAGUUCAGGAAAAAGUCCUAAAUCUGGGGACCUAAUUUUCUACACAAAUACACACUCAGCCAGGAGAGAAAAAAGAAAGCAUGAUGAACUUGAUCUGACAGUUGACGAUCUAAAUUCUCCUUUGAAUAUGAAAGGACACUGAAGAUGAUCACAUGGAACCAUGAUAAAUGACAAAAGCCGAUUUUUAAAUGAAAUGGCUGCCAAUUAUUAAAAGAACCAGAAACAAAAUGUUAUAAAGAAUUCAAGAUUUUGUGAUUUGUAACUUAAAAAUUCAUAAAAAUGUAACCUGAAAAUUUUAACAAUUCAUGACUUUUAAAAGUCGUAAACAUCCUUUGCGCAAUUUCUUAAAAAAAAGAAAGAUUAAAGAUGACUAGAAUUUUAGUUUUCUGCUGAUGAAUUGUACCAAUCAUAAUAUUUUAUACUAACAAUUAAACAGUUAUAAUUAUUCAUGUUGUCACAUAAUUAUAUUGUUUUUAUGCAAUAAUCUUAAGAAAAACAAAGUUUUAAGAAGACAUAAAAGUUUUUAAUGAACAGAUAAAAGCUGUGAAUUUGGUCCAAAAUCUAUUUUAGUUGUUUUUUAUGUGUGUUUAUUACAGUCCACGAUUUGAAUAGAAAAAUUAUUAAAAUUGCCAGGCAUUUAUUUUGUCUCAUGGGACAAUUGUGAUACAAAAAUUGUGAUUAUUUUACUAAUAAAAAAAUGUAAUUUCUCAAUUUGUGCAGAUUGCUCAGUGGCUCAUUCAAGAAAUGAUUAUUAAAAAAACUUUUUUUUAAAGUGAAACUGCAGAAAUAUUUGGGAUGCAUGCAAUAAUUUGACAGCAUUUCCUUGUGCAUUAAUCUGAUUAUUUUUGAAAUAUAAAAAAUAUAAAUGUA